CAACACAGUCAACACAUGCAGAUGCGACGUGAUUUUAAAUAGUCGUAAGCCAAUAUUCAUCCAUGCUCAUCUUGUUUUGUUACAUAUUAUGCUGCUAGCCUCCUAAGUGAUCGAUGCAUCUGCUGGGCUGACAUGGCUCGUCUCCUCCAAAAUGAUUACCAGCAUUUUAACGAGUGGGUUUCGGAUCACCUGGCUGAGAGGGGUUUCACAGGAACACUGCAAAAAUUUCGAGGAGAGCUGAAAAAUGACAAAAUAUCAAAUAUCGAUGCAACGGUGGAUUACAUCAAUCAGUGCAUCUUGAAUCUGCACAUGCAGGAACUUGUACAGUUGUGGCAGGAGCUGGACAAAAGGAUCUUUUCCCGUUUACAUUCGGAGCAUGGCAAAGCCGCAGCCUCGUUGGAAACGAGAAUGUUCAAAUUUUUAAUGGUUACGGCGGUAAUGAGAAAUCAGCCUAAGAAAGCUCAAGAAGCUUUGGAACAUAUGAUGAAUUCACCAAGAAUGAGACAAGAUCCCGAUCUGCGAAACUGGUUCCAAAUCCCGUACAUCAAACAUCCAGAAAGUGAUUCUCUUUGUGCCAAAUAUUGCACGAAAUUCUGGCAGGAAACAUUCACGAUUUCUCUGUACAACUUCAUCAGCUCCGCUUUCCAAACUGCUACGACGUCACUGCUAGCUCACAAGAUGAAGACGUUUGCCCGGCAAGAUACUCCUUCUGAGCACAAGUCUAAUGAAAGAAAACUGCAGGGAGGAUUUACUUUUGGACGUUCUGGACCAUCGUUCGCAACGUUGUCCAAAAGUGGUUCGCGGUCAGAACAUCUUCGGAGUAAAUUCAACAGAGCUAUCGCCACCAUGCAGUCCAGAUCUCUGCCACAAGCGAUCUUUACGGAACCCGUAUCGGAAACACCGGAGCCCAAUUCUGGCAUGACAUCUCCGGUUAACACAACAACGAGACCCCGGCAACACAGCAGCGCUUCCGAGUCCAGCGUCCCGAUACCGGCACCAAAACCGACUCGUGUUGGCUCAUCGCACAGCUUGUCAGAACCAACCGUCACUUCUCCCUCUAGACCAAUUUCUUCAGCGGAAAAGGAACACGAAGUGAAGUGGAUCAGUAAUAACUUGCCCUUUCGCGAAUCAGCUGAAUAUUUAUUCCAUAUGGUCUGCAAUGAAGAUCUUGGUAGUCAUGAUGCGGCUGUUACUGACUGUAUCUUUUCCCCAUGCGCUACAAAAGUUGCCAGCGUGGAUACUAAGGGAUGUAUGAAGGUGUGGAAAGGCAUCCCGCCGGCAACGAAAUUGUUGUCGACGUAUCGUUCCAGUAGUACCAUUACGUGUUUACGCUGGAGUUCGAAAUCAGACGAUUUAAUUGUUAUUGGGGAUUCGGCAGGAAACAUUUCUUUGGUAGAUGGUGGCAACGGAACCGUGGUAAUGGAGGUCAAUGUUGGUUCGGAAGUGACGGUACUGGCGACACAUCCUUCUAGAGAUGGCGGCUGUAUCGCUUGCGGUACCAGUGGAAGUGCGGAGUCCCAGUACGGAAUUUUCGUGAUUGAUUUGGCAACAUUCACCAUACGAAAUGAACUUCGCUACGCUUCCCACUUGACAGCUUGUAGUUUUCAUCCAGAGAAGUCAGUAUUGUUAUGCGGCUUUAAUACCGGAGAAAUUUGUGAAUAUAAUAUAAAGUUUCAAAAAUUUGGAACGAAAUUUAUGGUCCAUACCGCUACUGUGCAGCAGGUAGACUACUUGAAGGAUGAGUCGUUUUGCUUAUCAGUCGGAGAUGAUACCAAGUUAGUGAUAUCUUACCUGUCCUUCGGCUGCCGGAAGCUGGCAGAAAUGGUUCUUAAUUUACCUGAAAAUGGAGUUCCGUAUCCGUUCCGGCACGCGUUUGCUUCGAACUUUGACGGUUCAUUCAUUCUUGUACGGUGUCGAAAUGGGGCCAAAGUAUAUAAGAUCAAAGGACGUAUGAAUUCUUUUUUGUAUAUUGAACGUCCGAAUUCCUUGGCUACCAGUUUGGACUGGUGUACUUAUCAGGAUAAAAGCACGGGUAUUAUUGGAUACAAUGAUGGAAGUAUCCGAUGGUUUCGGCUGUUGCAUUUGGCAUGAAGUGUUUAGUCGUAAUUUUAUGUUUGUGAUAAAUGUAUUAAAGCGAGGAAUCGCUGCACUCAUGAA